AUGAAAAUCAGUGAAUCGGAGAACACGAAUUCGGAUGUGUACGAGAUCGAUUACAGGGGACCGGAGACUCAUAACUCUAAACCUCCACCAGAGACUUUACACGGCAAGCGACCGUUCAUCCACCAUAAAACCUCCGCCGCUGGAUCCGCCGGCGCUCAUGUUGGAGGACAGAACUAGAGAGAGAUUUUUCUAAAGAAGAGGACAGGGACUCGGAAGCUGUAAGUGAAAGUGGAAGUAUAUGAGUGUGCGAUAAGGUUAAUGAUGCGGGUACAUAAUUAUUUAUACAAUACAUAUGAUCAUCAAUGUUAUCAUGUCCGGUAUUUUAUUCAUGUACCGUUCUAUAUAUCUUUAUUUUUAUUUUUAUA